AUGUCUCUAAACAAAAAGAAUGUUUCCUAUCCGGUAGGCAACAGAUCACUAUCAGCUUUAGCCUCUAAUCGUAAAUUUUUCGGAAAACAUCUUGAUGAGAAUGGAAAUAUGCCAUCAGCUGGGGCAAAAACUAGGCCGAGAGAUCUUAAUGAUACGCUGUACAGAACAAAUCCCAACCUUAAAAAGAGUGAUUUUUCUGCAGAAAAGAUACAAAAACUUCAAAUCAGAAAGAGAGAAUCUAGGAUAACAGAACGACCAAUACAAGAGGAAUUGGAGCACAAAAAACAAGUUUCCGAGAAGUUUAGCUACUUUGUAAAUACACGACCUUGCUUCUCUUAUUCAUUUCACCCUGACGUCAAUGAAUAUGCCAAACAAAAUGAGACAAUUUUCUCAACAAGUAUUGGAAUGAAUUGGAAGAUCAAUGAAAAAUCGAGGCAUGAAUUGGAAAAUUCAAAACCAAAACAUAUCGAGGAUUGUAGAAAAGAAAAGGAACUAGAGAGAAUGUUUUACUUUAAAUCACUUGACAAAGUACCUAAGAGAGAUGAAUCUGAACAUCAGAAUAAGGUGAAGAUUGAUAGAUUUACCACAUCUCCUGAUAGGAAAGAAGUGGCGGCAAGAAAACAGUCAACUAGAGAUAAUUUAUUACACCAUAGAUACUUACCUAUCAAUGGACCAACCAACGUAACAUCAACCGAAGGCAGAUUUAACGACUCCCUUAAACAAUUCUUCCCUUUCGAACCAAAACUUAGAUACGGUAAAACAGAGUUCAAAGACACUGAUAAUAUUCAUAUACCAGAAGAAACGUCCCCUCUAUUUUGUUCUGAAGCUGAUAGAUUAGUCAACAAAAUAGUCGAUGCAGAUAUAUUCCAAAACGACGUGUAUGCUGAUUUAAGGAGGAAAAACAUGGCAAUUACGAAAUCAAGAGCAGAUAGAAGAAGACAAAGCGAGCAUGAUGUGCGAGAGAAUGCUCAGAAAUUGGAAGAUUUGAGUGAGCAGAAGAAACUAGCAAGGGAAUCUGCCAUUCGAACACUGAAAGAAAAGUACAUUCAGGUUGUCCAUGAUAAUGACCCAGCUCAUGGGUAUAACUUUUGUUCUGGUGAAAGACACGAACUAGUACAAUCGAAAAAUAUUGGUUAUCAAAGUUGUUUUCAAGAAUAA